AUGGAGGUAGAGACUCGCGUCAAAGCCUAUCGAUUCGUGGCCUAUGCCGCCGUUACAUUCAGUGUUGUUGCAGUUCUCUCAGUCUGCAUCACACUUCCAAUGGUCUACAACUACGUGUCUCACGUGAAGAAGUCCAUUCAUCACGAGAUCCGUUACUGCAAAGGAUCCGCCAAGGACAUCCUCACCGAGGUCUCUUCGAUCCGCUCGAACCGUACGGCCCGUCAAGCUUCCUAUGGAGAUUCUGGUGUAGCUGGAUCGGCUGCCGCCGGAGGAUCCUGCUCCGGAUGCUGUCUUCCUGGACCAGCCGGUCCAGUCGGAACACCCGGAAAGCCAGGUCGCCCAGGAAAGCCAGGAGUCGCAGGACUUCCAGGAAAUCCAGGACGCCCACCACAGGCCCCAUGUGAGCCAAUCACCCCACCACCAUGCAAACCAUGCCCACAGGGACCACCGGGAGUUCAAGGACCACCAGGACCACCAGGAGAUGCUGGACUUGAUGGACAACCAGGAGGACCAGGACAAGACGGACAACCAGGACAGCCAGGGCCAAAGGGACCACCAGGACCAAACGGACAACCAGGAGCCCCAGGACAAGAUGGAAACCCAGGACAAGACGCUCCAUCUGAGCCAUUGGUUCCGGGAGAGCCAGGAGCACCAGGAGAGCCAGGACCACAAGGACCACCAGGACAAGCUGGAACUCCAGGACAGAAUGGACAACCAGGACAACCGGGACCAAAGGGACCACCAGGUCAACCAGGUCAACCAGGAUCCGACGGAAAUCCAGGACCAGCUGGACAAGCUGGAGAGGCAGGAAGUGCUGGAGAGAAGGGAAUCUGUCCAAAGUACUGCGCCAUCGAUGGAGGAAUUUUCUUCGAGGACGGAACCCGAAGAUAA